CAGUUCUCAAGGCUGGCCGGGGCGGUAGCCUCGAGGUGUUACAAUCACCUUGGUGACGAGACAACAUCGAAAGAUGAUGAGGUAGGACUGACAGUGACAUUGAUAACCCAUCAUAUCGACAACUCACCACUACUCGGAAACAAUGAGCUUGCGUGAUGCUGCUGCUGCUGCUGCUCGGUGGCUUCCCACCCGAACCCGGGCCCCGUUACUACCUAGGUAGGACUUUGAGCUGACGAAUCGAGAAACAACCAUCGCUGGCAAGGGGUGAAUGCAAGUGAUGAUUACACUCUCUGGGACAGCUUCUGAGCACGCCCUUCCGUGGAUUAAUAAUAAUGUCUCAGGAGAUAUCGCUUACCUGCCCAUGGCGGAGAUAGGUCAAGGAUGCUCACGGAGUUUCCUGUCAUCCCAAUCUGGACCCUGCAAGUCCGGUGUAUACAGAUAUAAGACACGGAACCGGCCAUCGUGUACUCGGACAGGAGUAGCCGACCAGAACGCGUGCUUAUAUACACACACGAACACGCGCACACAUAUCACGACCAAUUCGACCUCGAGGAACAAUGGAGGUCCCACAACUCGAUUUGAGACGACUCCAAAACUUCGUCCCCACCGUCCACCACGACACAUAUCCCGCAAUCGACCCACUCAAAGCCGACCUGUCCGGGAAAUACGUGCUCAUGACCGGCGCAUCCAAGGGCAUCGGACGAGCAACGGCUCGAUCCUACGCCAAAGCAGGAGCCAGCGGGAUCGCGGUGCUAGCCCGAUCCGAAUCGGCCUUAUCAUCACUUGCAGAGGAACUCUACGCCGCCGCUGAGGCCACAGGCCGCCGUGCCCGUCCAAAAGUGUUGUGUCUAACGGCCGAUACGACCGUCGAAUCACAAGUCCAAGCGGCGGCAGACAAGCUCGCCGCGGAAUUCAAUGGCCGACUCGACAUCCUGAUCAACAACGCCGGCUACCUCGAGAAGUGGAAGCCGAUCGCCGACCCUACCUCUGACCCCGUCGACUGGUGGAGAUCAUUCGAAGUCAACGUCAAGGGCGUCUAUUUGAUGGAUCGCGCCCUGAUCCCCCUGCUGCUGAAAACCGAGGGCGGCGACAAGACCAUCAUUUCGGUUUCAAGCAUCGGUGCGCACGCGGUCGUUCCGGGCGGCAGCGCGUACCAGACGGCGAAGCAGGCUGUUCUGCGGCUGAACAAUUUCCUCGUUGCUGAAUAUGCUGGCCAGGGUCUCCUUGCAUAUUCUAUCCAUCCUGGCGGUGUGCCUACCGUGUUGGGCCUGACUACGCCCGAGUUCAUGCAUGAGGUCCUAAAGGAUACUCCGGAGCUGGCGGCCGACACGUUUGUUUGGUUGACAAAGGAGAGGCGAGAUUGGCUGAAUGACAGAUACUUCGACGUCACAUGGGAUGUGGACGAGUUUUUGGCCAAGAAGGACGACAUCGUUCAAAAGGAUCUGCUUAGAUACCACUUUCGGAUGUGAGAUGGAGCCGCACCAGAUAUUCUGAUUACAUUCCUCCUUCGACAGAGAUCUGCUUCUAUACCACUUCCGGACACAAAGAGAAGUCAGCUGCAUCACCUUUGCCUAUACACAUGCAGGCCGGUAUGCUGAUAGAUUCUGCGGGUUGGCUCUAAUAUUUUGAAAAUAAAAUCAUCCAACGGGAAACAACAAAGGCUUGAUGCCACCGCAAAGAUCAACGCUCAAUCCCGAACCACUUUCUGAAGUAUUCAACGACAUGUAAUCACUCGAUAGGACAGCAGCGCAUUUGUCUCUUUUCAUAAAUUGUGCCCAUCCCUCCAGACUGCCAAAGGCCUCCCUAACUGCAACCAAAUGACGCUUUCCAAACCUUAAACGUUCAGAUCGAGAGCACCAGACUUCAACACCGACCAAAUGAAACAAGAAAGCCAAACACGCUGUUCUCCUGAACUCACUGAAGCGGCCAGCACUCCCCAUAUUCU